AUGUUUGGCAUCGGAGUCAACAAGGACAACACUCUUAACAAUGGUGUCAGCGCCGCGUUUCGUCGCGAGAACCUCAGCGUGCGCGAUGGUAAGCUCGUGAUGACAGCGAAGCAGGAGGCGCCGCCGCUCGCUGGGCCCAGCGAGCCACGCCUCGACAGCGUCGACUUCCACUACUCCUCAGGCGCGGUGCACACCAGCCUCGGCUACCCGCUGAGAAACAACAUGUACCUUGAGGUGCGACUCAAACUGCCCGACAAUGCCGGUGGAUUCUGCGCCUUGUGGGCGAUGCCCAACAACCCCUUCGGAACGCCGGCUGACCUAUUCGAGAUUGACAUCUUCGAGUUCCACGCCAACCGAGAACAGACCAAGUUCUACAGCGGGAUUUGGUGGCACGAUUUCGAGCGGGACGAGCAGCCCGAAGAUCUUCUCGGCUACCGGGCGCGGGCUGAGGAUCACAUAUUUGUGACCCAGCAGGAAUAUAGGGGGCACUUUCCAGGACACUCGGCCCACUUUCAGGGCGGCUCGGUCGACUACUACGAGUUCCUCACGGUGGGACUCAAGGUGUCUGCGGGCAAAAUCGAAUGGUUUCUAGCGCAGGACGGGCCAGCCUGGAGGAGCUUGCCGUACAGGACCUUUUCGGGUGGCACGGUGCGGGCCAGGGGCAACCACAACUGCGAGAGGUACGGCGGCCACUGCAACGCGUCGCACCUCGAGUGGCAGCGCGACGUGCCGAGCAACCUGGAUGCGAGGGUGAUCCUGGAGUACACCCUGAGAGACCCCUUGUGGGCGGGCGGGCCGAUCAAUAACAGUGACCUACCCAGCGAGAUGCUGGUUGACUACAUCCGCUUCUAUGACUUACCCGAACUGGAUCCUCUUAUCUCAGACUCAAAGCUACCGCUGCCGUCCGACUCAAAGCUACCGCUGCCACCAUCAGCGCCGGCGGGUUUUACCUCUCACACGCCGCACAUCGACACGCUGCUCGCCUCCGAGGGGAUGACUCUGACGGACACGCACGCGACGCCCUGGUGCGGACCGUCCCGCUACAGCAUCCUAUCGGGCAGGUACCCGCAGAGAGGAAGGCAUCCCGUCGGUACGUACGAGCCGGAGCCGGACUGCAGCAACCAGUUCCUCGACGGGCAGGCGUCGCUAGCCCAAGUGCUGCGGGCGGCCAACUUCGACACCGCCUUCUUUGGCGGCUGCCGCGGAUACCCGUCCCUGGGUCACGCUGCCACACUCUGA